AUGUGUAAGUCUGCCGAGCGCGGCGCCCUCGAAGGCUCGGGGGGCGCAGAGACGUCACAGGACUUCAGCGGCGCGCUGCCGCCAACAGACAGCGACUGGGACCUGUCGACGACUGCGGCUUCAGGGGGCGAGCCCAGUCAGCGACUGGGAGGGGGACAGGAUUGUCCGGUGUCUGUACUCAAUUGGAACAUUGUGGAGGAUUGGAGGGCGGUGCUGCCGCUGUCGCGGUGGACGACGGUGACCGCCGACGAGACGCUCCUGAACCACCUCUUCGCCUUAUUCUGGACGUGGGACCACUCGCUCGCGCGGAUUCUGCAUCGUGAGCUCCUGCUUGACGGCCUCACGGCCGACACGCAAGGCCCCGGCCGGCCGGACACGCGCUUCUGCUCCGAGUUCUUGAUCAAUUCGAUCCUUGCGGUCUCGACGAGCUGCUUCCACAAGAGCGAUGACUUCAGGGCGGCGGCUCCCCGCGGUAGCAGCUUUGCUGACGAGGCGUUCCGACUGCUCGCCGUCCACCAGGAGCAGGUCGAGGUGUCCCUCAUGCAGGGCGUGGCCAUCCUCUCUGUGCAUGAGAUGACAUUUGGGGACUUGCCCCUGGGCACGAGCCUGUUCUUCGACAAGCUGAGCGCGCUGAGGGCUUCGUCAAAGAUCUUCGACGGGCCAGAUUGGAUGGACUCGAUGGAGGUCGCUCAGGGAGACCCCAAGGAAAGCAAGGUGGGGGAGGCGCUGGCAUCCAUUGCCAACGGAUUCCACUGCCUCGACCUGAAGCUGAGCCUCAUAGCGAACCGUCCGUCGACCGCGCUGGGUCUGGCCGGCAUACCGCCAUCUCAAGAAGAAGGCGGCUCCCCGUUGUGGAUCCCCUAUCCUGUCUCGGCUGGGCCGCAGCUGUCGUAUCACAGCAACGCCAAUGUGGCCGAGUAUGAGCUGUCCCAGCUGGCCGGCGAGUUUCUGCCCGCCAUCGAGGAAAGCCGCUCAAGCCUGGUGCCCGACUAUCGCAGGUCCAAGGCGCUCUACGAUCGCUUCCUCGCGUGGAAGUCGUCCAGCCAAGACUUUAUGCUGCGCGGACACUACACCGCACAGGCUCCGUGUUGGGCGAGCCUGCUGGUCUCGUUUGACCUGGUCUGUAUAAAGCUUCUAGAGCCGUUCCUAGGCCUAUCCUUUUUGGAGUUCGACGGCGGCGAGGCGGCUCGGUCGCUCUCCCGAUCACACUGUGAGAACAUGCUCUCUUCCCUAUGGGACUAUCGCACAGUGUUCGGGAUGCGGCUCGAAUGCUGGCUCGUGUAUGCCUGCCACGCGGCGGUCUCGACGUUGCUGCUCAAUCUACCCGUCCCCGGUCCGCACGAGGACGCUCUCUGUCGCGGUUGCGAGCUGUUGUUCGACAUGGGUCACUACAUGCCGCGGGCAAACGACCUCCUUCUGGCGCUAGAAGAUGAUGCCCACGUGCGAGAGGUCGAGAUACCAAACUCAUGUAAGCCGUUUCUCGAUGCAGGCGCGGCUUUUGCGAGGCGCAUUCACAUCAGGAACGUCAUGCCCCUGACGCUCACCCCGACAAGCGAGGGGUCCGCAGGACAGCCGUGCCAGGUUACGUUUGCGAGUCACAUAGAAAGUCUGGAUGAGGAGCAGAAUUGA